AGAAAUAUAGGGACAAAAUAUCCAAUCCACCUGUAAUACAUAAUGACCGAUAAGUCACUGUCAAACACAGAUAUUAUCGAAACUAAUGCAUUCUCGGAAAUAGCCGGACCAAGCACACAGGACAUUACAACCAUACAAACUGUUCCACCACAACCGAAUCCUGAUAUAGCUGUUGAGGAGACAAGUCCCAACAAUUCGUUUUGUUGUUGUGGCCAGUCCAGAGAUGAAUCGCUUACUGAAGGAAAUUCCCAACAAGGCUGCUGUGUUGUUGCUCCACCAGUGCUGCGCAAGAUCCUUCACAGUGUUGCCUUUUAUAUUUACAUUUUAAUUUCCACAUUCAUAGUAACUUUACUACUACUUGCUGAACUGUUGAUAGACGUUGGGGUGAUUAAUAUUCCGUCAUCACCUGACACAGUUGUGCUCAAUGCAUCAGCAUUAUCAACUCUGAAGGUUCAAACACCUGCGCAAAAAACGUCAACAAUCUUACACUGGAUAAGUUUCUCCUUUCUGUCACUUUUCUUUAUUGAGAUUAUGUUUCGUCUCUAUGCGUGGAAACUGAAUAUUAUUCGAAGUAUUGUGUCUGUUUUUGACUGCUCGAUUGUUACAAUGGCAAUCGCCACCAAUCUUGCUGCGACUCUGGCAGCGGGAUCCACCAGUCCAUUUGACGCCAUCUCUCUUCUGAUAAUCCUUCGAUUUAUUCGAAUUCACAGUCUUAUUCAGCGUUGUGUUUCCGACUCAAAACAAGAGAUUCGGGAAAAGUUAACAAAGACAGAAUGUAGUUUGAGUGAAAUCCAAGUUUUAAACCAAAGAUUGUCGAGACAAGCGAUGGAUAAAGAUUUUGAGAUCAAACAGCUUCGUGCGUUUCUUGGCACACGAGCGUCUGACCUUGAUGAGGAACUCCGUAAAGCUUUUGCUGCAAGAGAUGACUCGCUAGGGGCUUGUGGGGGCAACUCAAGUUAUGACGAUCAACUACAGAAAGCAAUCAAUCUCAGUAAAAAGACUUACGAUGAUGAGAACGGAUAUACCAACCAUGGAUAUCAACCAACUGAAGCAUUUCCAAACAUAACGGUUCACCAUAGACAGAAUUCUAUACACAGGAAACCUAAUAACACUGAAGAGAAUUUAGACUUUCCUUCUAAUCCUAAAGAUGACGUAUUGUCUACUGAAGUUGCCAUGCAUGAUGACCUGCAUUCAACCAUGGACUUGGGAGACACCUCAGCGUUAUUAUUAGCAAACUCAAAUAACAGCAACAAUAAAGAAUGGAAUGCCAACUAUUGCCUCGCUACAGACAAUUCUAACCCAUUCCCAACACUGCCUACCAGUAAUGGUCUCUCCCUUAUUGACACCCUCCCAAAGCCUGGGAAUCCCCUUGUGGCGCCAGAUAAACCCCGCAUUACAAUCUCAAUUGACCCCAACAUCCUCUUAACCCCGGACGACCCGAAAAACGACAGUGGAGUUUGCGACAGCGAUGACGGGAUAGGAAGUUCUUCAUCAUCAACCAACACAUACAACAAUAAACACAACAGAAAUGGAACCGGAAGCACAAUUGUAUCUUCCAGUGAUCUCAUGUCCUCUGAUGCGAGUUGCGUGUCCUCACUUUCAAUUUGUUCUGAAUCGGGUUACCAUAGCGAGGAUAGAACACCUGGGGACCAGAGGGGUCAUCGUGGUCAUCCUAAUACCUCAAAUGGGGGCUCCCCUAACCUGAGAACAACAUCGGACACUGAUUCCGACUCUGGUGACGGUGACAGCGUCAACACAGUCAGAUACAACGAGUGUUCUACUAAUGUAGGGAAACGUUUUGAGGAAAUAGAAAUGAAAGGAAAUGGUCAUUUAAAUAAUAUCAAUCAUUUUGAGGAGGAUGAACACAAACUAUGAAACCAUAAAUCCACAAACAAUAUGCAGUUUCCACCUCAGGUUAUUUCAUGAUUUACCUUUAACACAGAAGCAGUUACUUACAUUUGAAGCUACGUUUUCUACUUUCUUUCUUUUCAAAGCAUUUUUUGUAUAUAUUUGAUAUUGCUCAUUUUUCUAAAGUUUGUUUGAGUUUUUGAUGUUAAAAUUUGCGUUUUCUUAACUUUAAAUGCCAGAUUAAAACAUGUUUAGUAGUUUUUUACGAACAAUUUAUUUACAUGUGGCAAAAUACAUUGUAAGUCUUCCUUAGAAUAUUGCAGUGACAACUUGGAGACGUUGCAAUUGUUGUUUAACACAGUGUUUCAAUUUUGAGUUAUUCCGUUUGCUCGCAUGUACUACCAAACCACUUUUGUACUUAACUGUCUUCCUGACUCUUAUUUACUCAUAAAUUUAUUCAAACAUCUGUUGCUGGAUUCAUGAUGUCACACAAUUUUAAAAAUCUCUAAACAAUGACUAAAUACAGACUUACAAUUUUUCAUCACUACAUUUGGGCAGUGGUUAUUAACCAUUUAUUUAUUUAUCAUAAUUAAGUUACUGAAAUAUGUUUUUUUUAAGUUUGAACUUAUACCCUCGGAUAAUAAUUUAUUGAAAGGUGUAAUACUUGAUUCAGAGCCACUGCUCUGGGGAAUAGUAUUUUGUUACCUUUUCUGUCUAUUUGGUACUACAAUACACUUUCUUUCAUAGUUUCUUUUCAGUAUUUCUGUAUCCGUUGUAAUUUUCAUGCUUUUUGACAAAUGAGUGUUUAACUCCCAUGCUCAACACAAAUUCACUGCUGCGUAUUCUUAUUGUAGAUGUACUAACCUAUCAACACGUCACUGAGUUUUUAAAAACUCUCUAUUGGCAUAACUUUGCCAUUGCAAAACAAUUCUCUAAGCUCAUUUAUAUUUUGUAAAAUAAAUGGACCUAAAAAAA